CUGAAGGCUUGUGGGAGUGCCGAUUAAUUUAGAGUUGAGCAGUCGACGUUUUUUUAGUGUGAUUCAGUCAUUGAUUGUCUGGUGAUGUAUAUUUUCACAAAUUGUUUACAAAUGGAUUAAUAAGGAAAGAAAAUUAUGUCAACAGUGCUGGACAGGCCGGAACUGUCCUCUUCGGGAGCGGCUCCCGAAGAUGGAGUUCCAGACAUGAUUGUGAUCAGCGAAAUUGAUGAAAAUGGAAUCGCUGUCAACUUGAGGGUCCGCUACACCAGGGAUCAAAUUUAUACUUUUACAGGUUCUAUACUGGUAGCUGUGAAUCCAUACAAAGACCUUCCUAUCUAUGAACAGAAAGAUGUUGCAGAGUUUAGUGCUAAGAAGCUUAGCCAGGUGGAGCCACAUGUGUUUGCGAUCAGCGAGGCGGCAUUCCAGAGUCUCCAUAGCUCACAACAGAAUCAGUCCUGCAUCAUCAGUGGAGAAAGUGGGGCUGGCAAGACUGAAACAACCAAGUUUAUCCUCCAAUACCUCUGUUCUGUCACCAAUCACGUGUCAUUCUGGGUAGAACAGCAGAUCCUGGAGGCAAACACUGUGCUGGAAGCUUUUGGUAAUGCAAAGACUGUCCGAAAUGACAACUCUAGUCGCUUUGGGAAGUUCAUGCAGGUGUGCUUUGAUGAAUCUCACCAAAUCAAGGGCUGUAUCGUCCAGGACUAUUUACUGGAGCAGUCCCGCAUCACAUUCCAGUCCCCCGAGGAGAGGAACUACCAUGUGUUUUACCAGCUCGUGGCAGGGGCUGCAGCAGCCCCGGAAAUACAAAACCAGUUCUUUUUGUUACCCGUGGACAGUUAUUUUUAUCUUAACCAGAGUGGAUGUUACAAACUCUCUAAUGUGGACGAUUGUAAAAUGUUUGACAGGUUACGUCUCGCCAUGAAUGUCCUGAACAUUCCGGCUGAGAUGGUGGACGGUAUUUUCUCUGUGUUGUCUGCGGUGUUACUGAUUGGGAAUCUUACGUUUGAGGACAUAGAGGGAGAGAAGAGCGAUUUGACGGAGGAAGCUAAGGGUAUCCUGGAGAUGAUCUGUCAGCUCCUCGGGUUUGAACCUGACGGGCUGACUGAGGCAUUGUUAUUCCGGCAGAUUCAGGUCCGAGGGACGGUCACCAGUAUUCCUUACAAAAUACAAGAGGCCAGUGAUAAUCGGCAUGCUGUGGCCAAGGCCCUGUACUCCCGUACGUUUGCAUGGCUAGUGGAUGCAAUCAACAAAUGUACAAAUCCAGGACAACACCAAACCAAGUUUAUAGGGGUCCUUGAUAUCUUUGGCUUUGAAAACUUCCAGACUAACAGCUUUGAGCAGCUUUGUAUCAACUAUACCAAUGAGAAAUUACACAGAUUCUUCAAUCACUAUGUUUUUGCCAUUGAACAGCAAACGUAUGAAGAAGAAGAAAUCAUGUUUUCCCACAUCACAUUCACAGACAAUUCAGCCUGCGUUGAGCUUAUAGAGAAGGCUCCAAGGUGUAUUUUGAAGGCUUUAGAUGAAGAAUGCAGAUUUCCACAGGGUACAGAUAAGUCAUACGUCCAUAAACAACACGAGGCAUUUGAGGGACACCCGUGUUACGUGAAGGGGGACAGGCGGCUGUGGGAGAAGGAGUUUGGGAUCCAUCAUUACGCCGGGCUGGUGACCUACACAGUCCAGGGAUUCCUAGAUAAGAACAAGGACACCCAGCAGGAUCAGCUGUUUGAAUUGAUGCAUGGAUCCACCAAUAUAUUUGUACAGGAUCUCACUAGAUUCCAGGAUUUGCUAGGAGUAAGACUAGAGGACCUCAGUGGCAGACAGACAAUAUCACGUACAAACAAAAAUAAACCCACGGUGGGAGACACCUUCAAGCAUCAGUUAUCUGCCCUCGUAGACAUUCUUCAUAGCACGAAUCCCUGGUAUGUCAGAUGUGUCAAACCCAACUCGGCCAAGAAACCCAACAACUUCAAUACAGAGGAGGUUCUAACUCAGUUAAGGUACUCAGGGAUGCUGGACAUCAUCAGGAUCAAGAAGGAGGGUUUCCCAGUCCAUGUUGCCAUAGAUGUCUUCCUGUCAAAGUAUGGUGUCCUGCUUCAGAAGUGUGACAAUGGAUUGGAGCCGAGGGAACAAGUCCGAAAUAUUCUCAAUGUUCUCCUCCUCCCAGAAACGGAAUGGCAGGUUGGCAAAACAAAGGUUUUUAUGAGGAACUCGGUAUUUGAGCCUCUGGAGACGAGACGAUUCGAGUUCCUGACACUGAAUGCUCUACUGAUACAAAAGAUCUGGAGAGGAUUUCACUGUAGGAAAGCAUAUCUGGUGAAGAGGGAAGCGGUGAUAAUUUUACAGACCAACUUCAGAGCACUACGGUACAGAAUACAGUUCAAACGACAGAGGAGGGCAGCCAUAACCAUACAGAGAUUUGUGCGUGGAAUGUUUGCUCGCUGGUAUGUGGUGUCUCUGAGAGAACAGAGGCGAAUCGAAGAAGAACGAAGACGACAAGAAGAGCUCGAACAAGAGAGACUACUCCGGGAGAAAGAGGCGGCCGAUAGCCAGAUUAUUGAGGAAUCUCUCAAAGAUUCUCAGAAGGAAUUAGAAUCCCUGACCAAGAUGAUCGAGUCAAUGUGUGAACACUUCCAGCCGGUGAUGUCCCCCACGAACCUGAACCUGGACGACAUGUUCAGCUUCCUGAAAGACGAUCACCUUGAUGUAGAACAGGAGACGCAGCAGGCACUCGAUCAGAUAAACACCGAGUUCACACUCCUCAAUCAACUCCUUGAUGAGGACAUGGAGCGACACGAGGAGGAAACUUACAAGAAGAAUCAGGAACGGGCCCUGAGGGAUCUUGACCAGGCAAUGGAUGGGGAGGAAGAGCUGUAUGAUGACACCCUCCCACCCCCACCUGUCACCAUGGAUACCAGUAUAUCUGGUCUCGACCAGCUGCCUCCCCCACCUCAGGAAUAUGAGGAGGAGCCCCCUCCUCCCCCACCAGAGGGCGUUAUCCCACCACCACCUCCUCCACCAGGAGUAGUCUCCCCUAUGUCUCCCACCAUGACGGCUUCCACUGAUACUUUUGGUUCCAGAUCAUCUUAUGCUGAAAAUAUGGCAGAAAUCAUGGACAUGCAGAGGGAAUUAGAUCAGUUCGAAACCUCAGCAAAUAUUCUGAUGCCUCAGGCACCAGUUCUACCACCCCCUCCCACUAUACCAGCCCCACCCCCUCCUCCUUCAGUCCCUGCCCCACCUCCCCCUCCUGCAGGGUCAGUAGCACCACCCACCAUACCAGUACCCCCACCCCCACCAGGUCCCCCACCACCUUUGUCAUCAGAAGAAAUGUCAGGAGCACCAAUCACAAAUGUCAACAGACCUCUACCAGCCCCACCUGUCCUUCCACCCCCUCCUACAAUACCAGCACCCCCAACUCCAACAGGCAUGGUCACAAGGAGGAGACCUAAUUCAAUCAAGAUACAAAAUGGUGACGUUCGUCCGCCGUCUAACGUGGAGGUCCUUUCUCCCACUAUGCAGAAGAAGUUGAGUACAUUGAUGUCUGGACCUAGUGAUGAAGUGGUACAAAUGAGGGCCAAGAGGAUUAGUACCAUGUAUAACCUUAAUGGGGACGUCACACAUCGCGAGUCCCGUAACAGUACUAUAGAGGAGGAGGAAGAAGUGGAAACAGAGCAUGACUUCAUGGAGUACGCGGAGAAGUACUUUAUCGAUCAUCCAAAAGACUUUGGUGGAGGAACCAUCAUGAAGAAUCUCAAGAGAAAGAGUGGAUCAAAGGAGAUGGUGAGUAAAGAUGAGAUGCUCGUCUUCUGUAAGAACGGACUGAUCCCAGCCUCCCACAUCAUGAUCCACGACAACGAGAACCUCCAUCUGGCCUGCUCUCUCUUCAAGGAGAUCACGAAGUACAUCAAAGACGAAGUGAAAGAUGACGUAGCCUUACAAACCGUACAGAAGUACGUGAAGUCUGGGAUCGAGCGUAUCGAGUUACGAGAUGAGAUUUUUUGUCAGUUGGUGAGACAGACAAAGCACAACCCUGAGCGGCCGUGGCUACUCACCACAUGGACGUUACUCUGCCUAUGUACUGCUGCCUUCAGUCCAAGUAAAACACUCAACAAGUACCUGAUGAGUUACAUCAAACAGAGCUGUAGUGACAGUAUCGUGGGGAAGUAUGCUCUUCAGUGUCACAAACACCUGACCAAGACUAGGGCCACCUCACGUAAAAACCCACCAUCCAUGUCCGAAAUCACGAGUAUGAGACACCUGAGUCCGAUGGUAUGUAAGAUUUCAUUUAUGGACAAUAAGACAAAGGCCGUGGGGGUGAUGCCAUGUGACACAUCACAGGACGUAUUAGAAAGUGUCCGUAAGAAGAUAGGACUCCAGUCCGUCGAGGGAUGGGCUCUUUAUGAGGUGUCCACAGACCUAGAUCGUUACAUCAGAACAUAUGAAUUUGUGGCUGACAUUCUUUCUGCCUGGGAAUUGAGUGAUAAGCUGGCAUCCCAGCUUAGUAAAUAUGAGACAAUUUCUAAGAAGGGACCUAAAAUGGCCCUGGGUGGUACUGAUGCUGUCAUCAUGCUGAGAAAGAGAGUGUUCAAACAUAUAACAGAGAUCCCUAACGAUCCCGUGGAGUACAGACUUCUGUAUGCUGAGGCCGUACAACAGGUCAUAUCGGACAAGUUCCCUGUGUCAGACAAGGUGGCUCUACAGUUAGCAGGACUCCAGGCUCAGGUGGUGUGUGGGGAAUAUGAGGAGGGAAAGGAUAACAGGUAUUCUGAGGCAGAACAGUUCCUUUGUAAGAGAAUUAUAAACCAACCAGGAAGAGACUGGAAUGAGGAAAUAGCAUCAGCUCAUAGGCAUUAUGGUAAGGAUAAGUCAGAGCUGGAGGCAAUGGUGUGGUACCUGACUUGUGUGAAGCAGUUCCCUCUAUACGGCUGUACACUAUUCCAUAUCCUCAACAAAGGAAUGUGGCAUCACAUGGGUGACGUAUACCUCGCCAUUAACAUGGAUGGCCUCAAGUUUGUACGAGGCAAGGACAAAGUUGUCAUGCAUGGAUUUAUGUACUCGGAGAUUGAGUCUAUCACCAUGGAUCCUAACGAUAACUACAUGACUGUGGAGUUGAAGAAUGAGGUCAUCUGUCAACAGAGAUGUUUCAUGUUUGAGACCAAUCAGAAGGAAGAUAUUGGUCACCUGAUUGCUAGCUAUUCCCCAGGCCACGCCUCCUGGCUCAAACCAGAAUAUGAGAGUCUUAAGAAAAAGAAUAAGAUGACAGAUGAUGAGAAACUGAAGCUGUAUGAAGAGUUGGUUCGUUGUCGUAGAGCUUUGUCUGACAGUCGACUUCUACGUCCAGCGCAGGCUCAUCACCAUGCCAACUUCCUUAAGCAGUCAAUCAGGAGGCUGACCAAGUCUAAGAUGGAGAGACUGAGGAGUUCUACGAUAGCCAUUGGUCAGUUUGACGUCAGUUACUGGUCAUUCAGUAAGUCCUGUAUCAAGCAGGCCCUCACUAUCCUUGAUCCUCAGAUGGAGGAGCAGGCCAUCAAAAUGUUCUCCUCAAUCCUCAUUUACUCAGGACUGGAGGAGCCAGUGGAGGUCAUUCAACGAAUCUUGUGUGGUAAAGAUGAGAAGCCAGACAUGACGUCACUCAUUCAGAAUGCAAUCCACAAAUGUAUGGACAGUGAUCAGUUGUGUAACGAGUUCUAUCUCCAGCUCAUUAAACAAACCACAGAUCACCCAGACCCUAACAGUGUAGUAAACAAGAAGAACUGGCAGUUAAUGGCGGUGGCCUGUAGCAGUCUGACCCCCACCCACAGUCGCCUCCAAAAGUACCUCCUCUGUCAUCUCCGCAAGUGUUCUCUAGACUCCACCUCUGAGGAGGGGAAAUUCGCCAGGUUCUGUCACAAGUGCUUUACCCGUACUGCUGAGCAGAAGAGAAGAAAGUUUCCGCCAUCUCAGAAGGAGAUUCAGUGUCUCACUGAGAGGCGGCCAAUCUUUGAAAAGGUGUUUUUCUUAAAUGGGGAGAAUAGGAGUGUAGAGUUUGACUCGGCUUCUACCUGUGGAGAGCUGAUCAAGACAGUGAAAGCCAAGAUAGGAAUGCGGUCUGAUGCUGAGUGCUUCUCUCUGUAUGAGAUAGGGCCAUCAGAGAGACACAUGUCACAUGACGAGAGACUGUCAGACAUGCUCAGUAAAUGGGAGAGACUGGGGAGAGGAUUUGGAAAGGAGCAGAAAAUGUUAUUUAAGAAGCGAUUGUUCAUUGAUCCAUACAUUAACCCCUUGGACCCGGUGGAGUGUGACCUGGUUUUUCAUCAGUUGAUGGGUGACCUGGCUGAAAGCAAGAUUCCCAUCACUCAACAAGAGGCUGUGAAACUUUGUGCCUUGAAAAUCCAGUCAGAAAUGGAUGACCUGCAGUCCCUUGAUAUUGACUACAGCUCCUGUUUGAGGAUCCUGCCUUCGUACAUAAGAGACUCAGUGAGACUGGAAGAUGUAGCCUUUGGUCACAACUCAGUGAUGGAGCUGUUACCUAACCAGGCCAUCUUAGCCUUCAUUGAGAUCCUUAAACAGUGGACUCUGUUUGGUGCUCAGGUUUUCAAUGUCUCACAAAACUACACAUCAUCUCUUCCAAAGAGCCUCCUACUGGCCAUUCAUCAGCAAGGAAUCACUCUCAUGGAAGUCAACACUUUUAGAACUCUUGCCUCCUAUCAAUAUACUGAAGUGGUCCACUCAAGUCCGGCCAUCACCAGUAUUAUGAUUGUUGUGGGUCACGUUGCCAAGGGAAUCAAAUACAUGUUUACAACAAAUCAGGCUUUUGAGAUUGCCCACCUGAUAAAAGACUACAUCACGGAACUACAGUCUCGAUUCCUGAUCCCUGCUCCCCAGAGCACUGAUAUUAACAUGAAUCGUGCCUCCGCGGUGUUCUUUGACGAUGCUUCAAGUACGCUACAAACACUAGUGUAGUGUAUGUAGCAACAGAUCAGAUCCCAAAAUCAUGCUGUGUUCAUUAAAAUAUUUCCAACAAAUAGUCUGACUAUAAGUCAGAAAUGUAUGAGUUUAUAUGUCUGAAGUGGAUAUUGUGUCGUGUCUCAAUGUUUUAAAUAAUCAGACUGUGACGGUCUGCUUCCUGUGCAAUCUGAUCAUGUGAUAUGUAGUGGGCGUGGCACUAUGCUAGGUGUAUCAGACACAUUUGUUUGCUAGAACUGGUGAUUUUUAUUGUUUGAUUUCUUGUUAUCUUUUGCAUUUGUUUGAAAUACUCUUGCUGCUUUUUUUUUCCUUUGUGGUGUCGUUGCAGCAAAUUAUUUUUACAUUUUGUAUCAAGAAGAAUCUCACAAGAACCAUUAUCACGUUAAACCAAAACAAAGAGGUAUGAUAGCAGUCGUAAUUUGUCCAUGGCUUGGUAGAUUAUAAGUUUUGUGCCUUAUCUUAAUGCAAAUUAAUGUUGUCAGCUCCAUAUCUUGAUUUUCCUUUUUAAUUGAAAUAUUUUGUCAUAUCAGAGCUAAUUACAUGUAUCAAUUCUCUGCUGCUUUAACAACUCAAAUACCCAAUUUACCAUAAAAAUAUUAGCAAGACGUUGCUCAAAUACCAUCUGACAGCCUCAAAUUCUGAACCUCAGGCCUAUACUAAUUUUUUUUACAUCCUCUAUAUUUAAAUUUUUGAUUUUUUUUUUUUACUCAAUUUAUACAAUGUACGUCAUUUAUGCAGUAAUAAAAGAUGGCCUUUUGCAGAAGCUUGGUUAGAAUUACAGAUCAUUUUUCUGUACUCUUAUUUUCUAGUUUUAGGAAAACUUUGAAGAAGAUUGAUUUGUGAAGAUAUUUUAUGUUUUCUCUGUGUUAUUGACAAAGGUGUGAUGAAUUUUCCUUGGACAAGCCGCCAGAUAAUAUACACUUGCUUAUAUUACAGUUUGAAAAACUAAAAAUUAUGUUUGAAAACCACACAUUUGUACUUUUACAACGUUAAUAUCAAAUUCAAAGGACAAAGGAAAGAAAUGUUUUAUUUCUUAAUAUUGUGUCAUUUAUGAUAUGUUUCUCAGGCCAGAUUGACCAUUAUUUUAGUCAUGUAAAUUACACAUGUAAUCAUGUCAAUGUCUCACAAACACAUUCUCCAUGGUUCAAAACCAAUCAUGCAUCAAGUUUUCUUUGUGACCCAAAUAUGUUGAGAAUCAGCAUGGUAUUUAUUUUAUCCAUAAUGUAUCUAGUCAACAUUUAAUGCCAAAUAUUUUUUCUUGCAAAAUCCUUGAAACGGGGAAUAAUAUUGCAUCCCUUUUUGCAUUUGCAGGUUUUCAAUUCAGCAUUUCAUAUUAUUGUAUACACUUACAUUUUAAUCAUGCUUAGAGAUUAGAGUUUGUCAAAAAUUCUUUUGAUAUAUAUGUACAUGUACUGACCAUAUUAUAUAAAUGUAAAAGUAAGAGACCAGUUAUGUACCAAGAGUUAUCAUUACAUGUCAAAUAAAAAAUGCCUGCAUGGGUAUGCAACCAAGCCUUUGAAUCAAGAUGAUAGAAAUGAUUUCUUUUUUUCUUUUUAGUUUCUUGAUAUGCCAAAUUAACCAUUUUUGUUUACUGACUUUUUUAAUUUUAAUUUUAUAUUAUUUAAAAUUUGAUAUUUGAUCUGAGUAGAGAUUUCUCUUCAAACCUGUUAGCUUGUGGGCCAAUUACAUGUGGAUGCUGUAUUUUCCUCUUCAACUCCACUGUGUUUCAGUCGUUUCAGUACUUUGAUUUUCUUUUGAUAAUGAUCCAAACAGAAGCAAUAGAUCUGAAUAAUAAAGGUCUUGUCUUCCAGGGUUUUGCGACAGACUUUAUACAUUUCUAUAUUUAUUGUUGUUUGUACUUAUUUAUGCAAUGGAUAUUGUUUUUGUUUACAUUUGUUUCUCUGUAUGUUUGCAUUAUCUUCUGUAAUUUCCCUUCAACUGGACAUUGAGUACACAUUGUGAAAAUAACUUUAUCAGCUGAUCCAGAAUGUUCUAAAAUUUUGUAAUGCCAACCAAGGCAUUUCUUUCAUGGAGUGUUUUCAUGGAAAUGUGAUACACAUUUUAACAUCACAUUAUUGUUUAAGUCUAGUUGUCUUGUAAUUUGUAAAAUAAAAAUCAUAUUGCAGUCUGAAAAAAAGGAGCUAUUGGAAGGUUUGAUUAUAAUCAGACUGAUAAUAUUGAGACCUUCUUGGGUAUGAAGCUGAUUUUAUCUAGAUUCUAUUUCCAGUUACACAGUAUCGAUCAAUGGUUGAUACUGCUCUAUAUGCUUAGGUCCAGUUGUGGAGCAAGUACUGAAGACAUAUGAUGGCUCUGAGUAUUGUGCAAUAAGUAAUAAGUAAGGAAGUGUCUUGUACAACCAAUAAAUAUAUUUUCUUAUGAAAA